AGCGGCGGGAGCGGUGGCGGCGGCGGCAGAGGCGGCGGCUCCGGCUCCGGCUCCGGCUCGGGCUCCGGCUCCGGCUUGGGUGGCGGUGGCGGGAGUGGGACCCGGCGGCGGCGGCGGCGGCGGCAGAAGAGCAGCGGGAGCAGCGGCCCCAGCGGCUUGGGGGGGGGACAUGCGGACCGACGGCCCCUGGAUAGGCGGAAGGAGCGGAGACCCUGGUACCCUCCCCUCAGUGCUGGUUGUCCAAGAGUGACUGACGUGAGCAAGCAGAGAUCUGGUUGAUUGUUCUGGGCUGUGGCCGGCCCUGGUGCUGGGGCCCUGGAUGGCCCCUGAGCCAGCUCCAGGGAAGACGAUGGUGCCCCUUGUGCCCGCGCUUGUGAUGCUUGGUUUGGUGGCAGGUGCCCAUGGUGACAGCAAACCUGUCUUCAUUAAGGUCCCUGAGGACCAGACUGGGCUGUCAGGAGGAGUGGCCUCCUUCGUGUGCCAAGCCACAGGGGAGCCCAAGCCACGCAUCACAUGGAUGAAGAAAGGGAAGAAAGUCAGCUCCCAGCGCUUUGAGGUCAUCGAGUUUGAUGAUGGGGCAGGGUCUGUGCUGCGGAUCCAGCCAUUGCGGGUACAGCGGGACGAAGCCAUCUACGAGUGCACAGCCACCAACAGUCUGGGGGAGAUCAACACUAGUGCCAAACUCUCAGUUCUCGAAGAGGAACAGCUACCCCCGGGGUUCCCCUCCAUCGACAUGGGGCCUCAGCUGAAGGUGGUGGAGAAGGCACGUACAGCCACCAUGCUGUGCGCAGCAGGCGGGAAUCCCGACCCUGAGAUCUCUUGGUUCAAGGACUUCCUCCCGGUGGACCCUGCCACAAGCAAUGGCCGCAUCAAGCAGCUGCGUUCAGGUGCCUUGCAGAUUGAGAGCAGCGAGGAGUCGGACCAAGGCAAGUACGAGUGUGUGGCGACCAACUCUGCAGGCACUCGCUACUCGGCCCCCGCCAACCUGUAUGUGCGAGUGCGCCGUGUGGCUCCUCGUUUCUCCAUCCCUCCCAGCAGCCAGGAGGUGAUGCCGGGUGGCAGCGUGAACCUGACCUGUGUCGCGGUGGGCGCGCCCAUGCCCUACGUGAAGUGGAUGAUGGGGGCCGAGGAGCUCACCAAGGAGGAUGAGAUGCCGGUGGGCCGCAACGUGCUGGAGCUGAGCAACGUCGUGCGCUCUGCCAACUACACCUGUGUGGCCAUCUCCUCGCUGGGCAUGAUCGAGGCCACGGCCCAGGUUACCGUGAAAGCUCUGCCGAAACCUCCGAUUGACCUUGUGGUGACAGAGACCACCGCCACCAGUGUCACCCUGACCUGGGACUCUGGGAACUCGGAGCCUGUGUCCUACUACGGCAUCCAGUACCGCGCGGCAGGCACAGAGGGGCCCUUCCAGGAGGUGGACGGCGUGGCCACCACCCGCUACAGCAUCGGUGGCCUCAGCCCCUUCUCAGAGUACGCCUUCCGCGUGCUGGCGGUGAACAGCAUUGGCCGGGGACCGCCCAGCGAGGCAGUGCGGGCCCGCACGGGGGAGCAGGCGCCCUCCAGCCCCCCACGCCGAGUGCAGGCCCGCAUGCUGAGCGCCAGCACCAUGCUGGUACAGUGGGAGCCACCCGAGGAGCCCAACGGCCUGGUGCGGGGCUACCGCGUCUACUACACCCCUGACUCCCGCCGCCCGCUGAGCGCCUGGCACAAGCACAACACAGAUGCGGGGCUCCUCACCACCGUGGGCAGCCUGCUGCCUGGUAUCACCUACAGCCUGCGCGUGCUGGCCUUCACUGCUGUGGGCGACGGCCCCCCCAGCCCCACCAUCCAGGUCAAGACACAGCAGGGAGUGCCUGCCCAACCGGCGGACUUCCAGGCAGAGGCAGAAUCGGACACCAGGAUCCAGCUGUCAUGGCUGCUGCCCCCGCAGGAGCGGAUCAUCAAGUAUGAGCUGGUAUACUGGGCAGCAGACGAUGAAGGCCAGCAGCACAAGGUGACCUUCGACCCCACCUCCUCCUACACUCUAGAGGACCUGAAGCCUGACACACUGUACCACUUCCAGCUGGCUGCCCGUUCCGAGAUGGGGGUGGGCGUCUUCACCCCCACCAUUGAGGCCCGCACAGCACAGUCCACCCCCUCUGCCCCUCCCCAGAAGGUGACCUGUGUGAGCACGGGCUCCACCACAGUCCGGGUAAGUUGGGUCCCGCCACCGGCCGCCAGCCGCAACGGCGUCAUCACCCAGUACUCAGUGGCCUACGAGGCAGUGGACGGCGAGGACCGAGGGCGGCAUGUGGUGGACAGCAUCAGUCGCGAGCACUCCAGCUGGGACCUGGUGGGCCUGGAGAAGUGGACGGAGUACCGGGUGUGGGUGCGGGCGCACACAGACGUGGGCCCCGGCCCGGAGAGCAGCCCGGUGCUAGUGCGCACAGAUGAGGACGUGCCCAGUGGGCCACCACGGAAGGUGGAGGUGGGGCCACUGAAUUCCACUGCUGUACACGUCUCCUGGAAGCUGCCUGUCCCCAGUAAGCAGCACGGCCAGAUCCGUGGCUACCAGGUCACCUAUGUGCGGCUAGAGAACGGCGAGCCCCGUGGCCCACCCAUCAUCCAGGACGUCAUGCUGGCGGAGGCCCAGUGGCGGCCAGAGGAGUCCGAGGACUAUGAAACCACCAUCAGCGGCCUAACCCCAGAGACCACCUACUCCAUUACCGUCGCCGCCUACACCACCAAGGGGGAUGGUGCCCGCAGCAAGCCCAAGAUCGUCACAACGACUGGGGCAGUCCCAGGACGGCCCACCAUGAUGGUCAGCACCACGGCCAUGAACACGGCGCUGCUGCAGUGGCAGCCCCCCAAGGAGCUCCCCGGAGAACUGCUGGGCUACCGGCUGCGGUACCGCCGGGCCGACGAGGCGGAGCCCAACAUCAUGGAUUUCGGCAAGGACAAACAGCACUUCACAGUCACUGGCCUGCACAAGGGAGCCACCUACAUUUUCCAGCUGGCCGCUAAGAACCGGGCUGGCCUGGGUGAGGAGUUCGAGAAGGAGAUCACGACACCCGAGGAUGUGCCUAGUGGCUUCCCCCAAAACCUGCGUGUGAUAGGGCUGACCACCUCCACCACGGAGCUGACCUGGGACCCCCCAGUGCUGGCGGAGAGGAAUGGGCGCAUCACCAACUACUCAGUGGUGUUCCGUGACAUCAACAGCCAGCAGGAGCUGCAGAACUUUACCGCCGACACCCGCCUCACACUCUCUGGCCUCAAGCCGGACACCACUUACGACAUCAGGGUCCGCGCAUGGACCAGCAAAGGCGCCGGCCCACUCAGCCCCAGCAUCCAGUCCCGGACCAUGCCCGUGGAGCAAGUUUUUGCCAAGAACUUCCGCGUGGCCGCUGCAAUGAAGACAUCUGUGCUGCUCAGCUGGGAGGUACCCGACUCCUACAAGUCGGCUGUCCCCUUCAAGAUUCUGUACAACGGGCAGAGCGUGGAAGUGGACGGGCACUCCAUGCGGAAACUGAUCGCAGACCUGCAGCCCAACACAGAGUACUCCUUCGUGCUUAUGAACCGUGGCAACAGCGCGGGGGGUCUGCAGCACCUCGUGUCCAUCCGCACCGCCCCGGACCUGCUGCCACACAAGCCGCUUCCCGCCUCCGCCUACAUAGAGGACGGCCGCUUCACCCUCUCCAUGCCGCAAGUGCAGGAUAGCUCCCUCAUCAGGUGGUUCUACAUCGUGGUGGUGCCCAUCGACCGCGUGGGCGGGAGCGUGCUGGCCCCAAGAUGGACCACACCCGAGGAGCUUGAGCUGGAUGAGCUUCUAGAGGCCAUCGAGCAGGGCGGUGGGGAGCGGCGACGUCGGCGUCAGGCAGAGCGGCUGAAGCCCUACGUGGCUGCUCAGGUGGAUGUGCUCCCCGAGACCUUUACCCUGGGGGAUAAGAAGAGCUACCAGGGCUUCUACAACCGGCCCCUGUCUCCCGACCUGAGCUAUCAGUGCUUCGUGCUCGCCUCCCUGAAGGAACCCAUGGACCAGAAGCGCUAUGCCUCCAGCCCCUAUUCCGAUGAGAUCGUGGUCCAGGUGACGCCAGCCCAGCAGCAGGAGGAGCCUGAGAUGCUGUGGGUGACAGGCCCCGUCCUGGCAGUCAUCCUCAUCAUCCUCAUUGUCAUCGCCAUCCUCCUGUUCAAGAGGAAGAGGACCCACUCCCCAUCAUCCAAGGAUGAGCAGUCAGUCGGGCUGAAGGACUCCUUGCUGGCGCAUUCCUCUGACCCCGUGGAGAUGCGGAGGCUCAACUACCAGACGCCAGGUUCCGGUGUCCCCAGUUGCCCGAAUAUCUCAAGUAUGCGAGACCACCCACCCAUCCCCAUCACCGACCUGGCUGACAACAUCGAGCGCCUCAAAGCCAAUGAUGGCCUCAAGUUUUCCCAGGAGUAUGAGUCCAUUGAUCCUGGACAGCAGUUCACGUGGGAGAAUUCCAACCUGGAAGUGAACAAGCCCAAGAACCGCUACGCAAAUGUCAUUGCCUACGACCACUCCCGAGUCAUUCUUACCUCCAUCGACGGUGUCCCAGGGAGUGACUAUAUCAACGCCAACUACAUCGACGGCUACCGCAAGCAGAAUGCCUACAUUGCCACGCAGGGCCCUCUGCCCGAGACCAUGGGAGAUUUCUGGCGGAUGGUGUGGGAGCAGCGCACAGCCACUGUGGUCAUGAUGACACGGCUGGAGGAGAAGUCCCGGGUGAAGUGUGAUCAGUACUGGCCGGCCCGGGGCACAGAGACGUACGGCCUCAUUCAGGUGGCCCUGCUGGACACGGUGGAGCUAGCCACAUACACCGUGCGCACCUUUGCACUCCACAAGAGCGGCUCCAGUGAGAAGCGAGAGCUGCGUCAGUUCCAGUUCAUGGCUUGGCCAGACCAUGGGGUUCCCGAGUACCCCACACCCAUCCUGGCCUUCCUGCGGCGGGUCAAGGCCUGCAACCCGCCGGAUGCAGGGCCCAUGGUGGUGCACUGCAGCGCGGGCGUGGGCCGCACGGGCUGUUUCAUCGUCAUCGAGGCCAUGCUGGAGCGGAUGAAGCACGAGAAGACGGUCGACGUCUAUGGGCACGUGACGUGCAUGCGCUCACAGCGGAACUACAUGGUGCAGACGGAGGACCAGUACGUGUUCAUCCACGAGGCCCUGCUGGAGGCCGCCACGUGUGGACACACAGAGGUGCCUGCCCGCAGCCUGUAUGCCCAUAUCCAGAAGCUGGGCCAAGUGCCUCCUGGGGAGAGUGUGACCGCCAUGGAACUCGAGUUCAAGUUGCUGGCCAGCUCCAAGGCCCACACAUCCCGCUUCAUCAGCGCCAACCUGCCCUGCAACAAGUUCAAGAACCGCCUGGUGAACAUCAUGCCCUACGAGCUGACCCGCGUGUGUCUGCAGCCCAUCCGUGGCGUGGAGGGCUCGGACUACAUCAAUGCCAGCUUCUUGGACGGCUAUAGACAACAGAAGGCCUACAUAGCCACACAGGGGCCUUUGGCAGAGAGCACCGAGGACUUCUGGCGCAUGUUAUGGGAGCACAACUCUACCAUCAUCGUCAUGCUGACCAGGCUCCGGGAGAUGGGCAGGGAGAAAUGCCACCAGUACUGGCCAGCAGAGCGCUCUGCUCGCUACCAGUACUUUGUCGUUGACCCGAUGGCCGAGUACAACAUGCCCCAGUACAUCCUGCGUGAGUUCAAGGUCACGGACGCCCGGGACGGGCAAUCGAGGACGAUCCGGCAGUUCCAGUUCACAGACUGGCCUGAGCAAGGUGUGCCCAAGACGGGCGAGGGCUUCAUCGACUUCAUCGGGCAGGUGCACAAGACCAAGGAGCAGUUCGGGCAGGACGGGCCCAUCACGGUGCACUGCAGUGCCGGCGUGGGCCGCACCGGCGUGUUCAUCACCCUGAGUAUCGUCCUGGAGCGGAUGCGCUACGAGGGCGUGGUCGACAUGUUCCAGACCGUGAAGACCCUGCGCACGCAGCGCCCAGCCAUGGUGCAGACGGAGGACCAGUACCAGCUGUGCUAUCGUGCGGCCCUGGAGUACCUUGGCAGCUUUGACCACUAUGCAACGUAACUACCGCUCCCCUCUUCUCCGCUGCCCCUGCCUGGGGCUCCGGAGGGGACCCAGCUCCUCUGAGCCAUACCGACCGUCGUCUAGCCCUCCUGCACGGAUGCUGUUGCUGGCAGAGCACAGCCCACUGGGCCCACAGCGUUUCAGGAACAUCGCCACUUCAAACGGAGAGCCCAGAACACCCCUGGGCAAGUGGGUGGGCUGGCAGGCCAGUGCCGUGGCCCGUCUCUGUCCACCAGGCCCGCCCAGAGCCUGCUUCGAGCUCUCUGUUUCGCUGCCGCGUUUCUCAUGCUUCUUCUCAUGGGGUGGGGAUGGGGACAAAGUCUCCUUUUUUAUACAUUAAGUGGGGUAGACUGAGGGAUUCUAGCCUCUUCUUCUGAUUUUCCUUUUGCAAAUCCUUAACUGCAGAAUGGGCCUCUGUGGGGGUUGGGGUUCAGUUGUUUUCUUUUUUGAGUUCACUUUGAUCCUUUUUUUUGUAUGACUUUUGCUGCUGAAGGACAGAACCUGCCUUCCUCUGUGUGGAGCUGGGGCCACCAGGCUGAGUGGAGGCCCAGCCGUGGGCCCGGGAGGCACCCCUGAUCUAGCUGCUCUUCCAGCCCUGCAGACGAGAUCCUGUUUCAGCCAAAUGCGGGGAAACUCAACUCUUUUUUUUGUUUGUUUGUUUUUUGUUUUUUAGGUCUUUUGGUUUUUUUUUUUUUUUAGUUUAGUUUUGUUUUUCCUUCAGAGCCUUAUUUGAGGCCGCACAGACAGUGGUGGGCGGGGAGGAGAUAGGAAACACUCAUCUCCAGUUGUCUAUUCCCGUGUGUGUGUGUGAACAUUCACAGCCCAGAACCACAGACGUGUCUCGGGGAGCCUGGCAAGGCGUUCCUCUUCACCAUCGUGUUUGCAAAGGUUAAAAAAACGCAAAGACAAAAAACAAAAAACAAAAAAAAUCCAAAAAAAACAAAAACCACCAAGAAAAAACAGAGUCAUCCCCCUGGCCUCUGCUUCCAGCCCUCAAGAGGGGAGGUGGCCCCUUGUGCCUGGGCUUCCCGGGGAAGCUGCCAGGCUGACCUCUGGGCCCACAGAGCCUCGCUUUUGUCCCCGGCAUUGCGGUUUGGCGUGGUGUUGGUAAGCUGUGGAUCCGGCCGUGUGGCCUUGGUGACUGACACAGGUCAGGGUGUGUAUCACACCCCGCACACCUCAGGGCCAAGCAGGGGCACAGCUGGCCCUUCAGGUUCAGGUCAGUGGGCCUGGGAGCACAUGUCUGUCCUCAGAGCCGGGGCCGGGUGAUUUCCCUCCCUGGUUUGCAGCUGUCUUCAAAGCCCCUGAGAAUCGCUCUUUUCCACUCCUUCAGGAUGCCCUCACAAACCAAUGUGGCAAGACUACUGGACUUCUCUCAAUGGUACUAUAAUCAAUCCUUACUCUCUCGGCUCGCUGAGGGGCAGGGAGAGGGCCUCUGGGCAGCACUAUCUAGGUAGGUAAGUGGGGGCGGGGAAGGGUGCAUAGCUGUUUUAGCCGAGGGACGCAGAGCAGGCGUCCCCAGAUCUAGCUAGGCUCAGUCAAGAUCAACAAUCCAGGGUUGGUAAUGUUGGAUGAAACAUUCAUUUUUACCUUGUGGAUGCUAGUGCUGUAGAGUCCACUGUUGUACACAGUCUGUUUUCUAUUUGUUAAGAGAACUACAGCAUCGUUGCAUAAUUCUUGAUGGUAAUAAAUUUGAAUAAUCAGAUUUCUUACAAA